UCUAGCAACGGGCGAUGGUUUCAGUCGGAAGUUUAGUUUAGGAGUUAUUUCUUGAUUAAAUACAAUCUACAUACGUUUUGUUGUAUAUUGUAUCGUAUAGCUGUAUCGUUAUCCUAUUCGGUAUAUCUGAGCGUCACCAUUCUGCACAAUGGCGCUAAAGUCGGGGGAAGAGCGCCUGAAGGAGAUGGAGGCGGAGAUGGCAUUGUUUGAACAAGAAGUGUUAGGAGGGCAAGUAGCAGUCACUGCCGGGGGCCCCACAAUGGUCGAGGCUUUGCCUGUGGCCCUGGCUGUCCCUGGAAUGCCAAUGGUCCGACCCAUCAUUGGCACCAACACAUAUCAACGGGUGCAGCAGACCUUGGACGCACGGGCAGCCACUCUAGUCGGACCGCCACCUGCUUUCGUUGGCCCAGUGUUGACAUCAGUACCUCCACACACACGUCUUGCGGUAACACAGCAACACACUGCUCAUGCAGGCCCGCACAUACCUCCUGUCAGACCGCCACCUAUGAUGCGGCCUGCGUUUGUUCCACACAUCCUACAAAGGCCAGGAGGCCACAGGAUGGCGGUGAUGCGCGGCCCACCUCCUCAGGGUAUGAUGGCCCCGCCGCUGCCUAGGCCGCCUCCGCCGCCCCCCAUGAUGCUGGCUCCGCCCAUGUCCGGCCCGCCUCAGCACUCCCUGGGGCCCAUGGUGCCUCAAAUGGAGCCCAUGUCUGCCAUGCCUCCCAUACGUGUAAAUAAUGGAGGAAUGCCUCCCAUGGUUCAGCCGCCCCCGCCCAGACCUGUGAUGCAGGCGCCCCCCAAGGCCCCCACCCCCAGUGUCUUCCAGGCAGCCCCCACGGUCUACAGCGCACCCCCCGCAACCAAACGCCCAGACCUGCGAGCCCAGCGGCAGGCACGCAUGGAGGAGCUGGCUGCGAGAGUAGCGGAGCAGCAGGCGGCUGCGGUGGCCGCUGGACUUCUGGAGGUCAAGAAGAGUCAGGAGGCGGCCGCCGCCACAGACGACGGCGUCAUCGGGCCCAGCAUGCCGGAGCCUGAGCCCGUCCACACAGAGCCAGCAGAGGUGUCAACAGAGGAGAAGAAGAAGGGCAAACAGGAGAAGGCAAAGAAGUGUAUUCGGACAGCAGCUGGCACCUCCUGGGAGGACCAGAGCCUGUUGGAGUGGGACUCAGAUGACUUCCGGAUAUUCUGCGGUGACCUUGGCAACGAGGUGAACGACGACAUCCUGGCUCGAGCCUUCGCCCGCUACCCGUCCUUCCUGAAGGCCAAGGUGGUGCGUGACAAGCGCACGGGGAAGACCAAGGGCUACGGCUUCGUCAGCUUCAAGGACCCCAACGACUACGUGCGUGCCAUGAGGGAGAUGAACGGGAAGUAUGUGGGCAGCAGACCCAUCAAGCUGCGCAAGAGCAUGUGGAAAGACAGAAACAUGGAGGUUGUACGGAAAAAACAAAAGGAGAAGAAGAAACUUGGACUGAGAUGAAGAAGUGUGUGUGUGUGUGAAUGUGAAUGUCUUUCUGUCUGUCUCUCUGUUUGUCUGUCUUGUCACUUCUGUCGUCUGUGAAAGGUGACCUAAUGCCCAUAUUCAAAUGGACAGAAGUUGUGUGCGUGUUGUGCCGGGCCUAGCAGCAUAGUGUAUUAAAUGCUAUACCACUGCUCGGCAGACUUGCCUAUUGAACAUUAGCGUGCUCCCUCUACCUUCCUCCACCCUCACAGGUUUUGUUUUAAUAAAAAAAAACACACAGUUUGUUGUGAAUUUGAUCCCAUAUGCUUAUUUUUUUAGGUAUUGUUUUUUUUUUGUCCUGUGGGAGGGGGGUGGGGGUGUAGUAUGUUUAUUAAUAGUUUUUAAAUCAGCCACUUGGUUGAAUUGUAUCAAUUGGCAGCUUUACUUCUGGAGACCGCCACCAGGGUUUUUCUGUUCAAUGUUUUUAUCAGCUGUACUGGGGUCGGGGUGGAUGAUCUGGUUUGGGUGUAUCCUCUUGUACAGGUUUGAUGCAAAAAUAAACAGAUCAGUGACUGUCA